AUGUCACAGUGUCUGAGAGUUGCAAGGAAAGAGAUGGAAAUUCAACAUUUCAGCCAUCACCAUCCUUUGGUCUUCAUCCAAGAUCACAGUGUUGCAGCUCUUUGCCUCGGGUGUGAGAAACCUGUAGAGGGCUGGAGCUACGGCUGCAGUCAAUGUGAGUUUUAUCUUCAUAAGGGAUGUGCUGAGUUAGAGUUAGCCCCCCAGAUUCAGCAUCCCUUCCACCCCAAACACCCUCUCAAUCUUUUGCCAAAAUCACCUUAUCCUUCGGUGUGCGAUUUGUGUGGUAAGGACUUUGACGGAUUUGUUUAUACUUGCUAUGAUUGUAAGUUCGAUCUGCACAUCAAUUGUGCUUUGCUUCAAUCAUCCAUUGCUGCAAAUUUUCCUAAUUCUUUGCACCCCCAUCUGUUGUUCUUCAUUCAAAAUCCUAACAAGGAAGUCGAGCCUGAUUGCUACGUGUGUCAAAAACCAAUAUCUGGUCCAUUUUACCACUGUUCAGAUUGCACUAUCCAUUUAACCUUCAUAAGGAAUGUGCUGAGUUAG